GGAGGUGGAGCUGCUGGACCGUUAGGAAAACAGCAAACACAUUAGGACACACAUUCACCCACAAGCUCUCCGGUGAUACAGGAGCUCUCCAACGGCAAGAAGGAUGAGGAGUCUAUUCCCACUAACGAUUGCACUGCUUAUGGCAUUGACAAUCACUGUGGAAGCUGGAAAAACAAAAGAGAGAGGAAAGGAGGGGAAAGCAGAAGGGGACUGCUCUGAGUGGGUGUAUGGAAGAUGUGUUCCCAACAGCGGUGACUGUGGGGCAGGUGUACGUGAGGGCACCUGUAAUGAUCAGACCAAGAAGACCAAGUGUAAAAUCCCAUGCAACUGGAAGAAAGACUUUGGAGCUGAUUGCAAGUACAAGUUUGGCCGCUGGAGCGAGUGUGAGAUAUCCACUGGCACUCGGAGCAGAUCUGGAACGCUGAAGAAAGCAAUGUUCAAUGCUGACUGCCAGUCAAACAUUAAAGUAUCUAAACCCUGCAGUCCAAAAACGCCCAAACCCAAGGGUGCGGAAAAGAAGGGAAAGAAGGGAAAGGAAAAUUAAGUAGUGCAAAGCACCCCCCUCCCUGAUUCUGUAAACCCUCUCCACUGAAUAUUUCUAUAUAUAGUGGUGCUGUGGCGCUUACUUUGCAACAACGAAAAAAACUGUAACCCUAUCUAUAUUUGAUGUGUCUGUCUUUUCUUGGUACAAUUACAGUUGUUCCCAUUGUUAUAUUUUUAAAUCAUUUUUGUAGAUUGCUUUUAACUGUAAUUUGUUUUACAUUGACGAAUAAAACAUGACAGAAAAUCGUUGUUAACUAAAGCCACGGGUUCAUAUGGACCAAAAUACCUUUAGCCCCUGGAUAUUUUAUCUAAAUAUUGAAGCACUAGAAUUGUGAUAUAUGAAUUAACACAAAGCUUUUAAUGGAACUAUGUGUAUGUUCUGUUAAUUAAAACCUUUUAGUACUCAAAGGAAUAUCAAUGCUUAUGCAUGUUUGUAGAUGUCAAAUUUAUGUACAAUCAAAAUUUCCACACCACUAACUUUUUACUUCUCCAGGUCUGUGAAUAAAUCAGAACAAGAUUUUUUCCCAA